UGUUUACUCCCGAGAUAGACUACCAUGACCAUGAAGCCUUGCGCGGGCGGGUGUGCGCGCAUGCGUGUACGUGCCGGGGCGAGGCACGCCGGGAUCGAAGAGGAGCAGGAUGGCGGUGGGUUGGAGGAGCGGCUCGUUGGCGAGAGGCUGUUGGUCUUUCUGCUGGCUCCAGAGCCCUGCCACUGCCUCAAGAACAGUCCUGCAGGCCCGCAGUCACCUGGCAACGGGACCGCAGCCACGCGGCGCCAGACCUAUCCACUGUCACUGUGGCAACAGGCCAGCACUGCAAGCAGAGCAGCAUCCCGCAGGGCCCGAGUGCAGGCGCCCAGAAUACAUCCCACAGCGCAAAGCCAAGAAUCCGAUGGGAAAGAUUGGGCUGGCCUGGCUAAUUGGUCUCCCAUCUGGGAUCAUCACCUUCCUCCUUGCGAAGCGAGAGGUGGACAAGAACCGGCUGAAACAGCUUAAGGUCAGGCAGCGGAUGAAGAGUGCCAAUGAGGGCGAUUAUCAAAGUGAGCGUUACAGGCGAGAUGUAGAGGAGAAUGAGACCAGAGCUGUGAGCAGGUCAACGUGAUGGGGGUGGAACCCCUGACAUCUUGGUCACCACUUCCCUCCAAUGGCUUGGCCAAUCUGGCUCUGCCUUUGUCUCCCUCUAAUCUCAGGUCCAGUCUCCGGACAACACAGGAUCAAUGGAGGUGUAUGGACAGUUGCCGUUUCAGCCCGAGACCCUUCACCUGGACUCCUCAAAGUUCAAAGUAAAUUUAUUACACAAGUACUUAUAUGUCACCUUGAGAAAAACUAUACUUAACAAAAAUUGAUAAAAAUCCAAUGUGGAAAAGAGGACAAAUUGUGAAAAUAAUAAAGUAAAUAAAUAAUA